CUUUUGUGACCAGGGCUUUUAUUUUGGUGUGGCGAUGUGACGUCAUAAGGCUGCGCCACGCUAUGCUGGGUCUGUUGUGAAUCGGCUGAAGAAAGGAAAACUCCUGGUUCAGCUGCGAUCUUGUGACACACUAUUAUAAAGAUGGCGUUUAUUAAAGAGGAGAGUGAAGACAUAAAGAUUGAAGAAGCAUUCAGUGUGAAACAUGAAGAUACUGAGCAACAAACAGAUGUCCAUUCUGAGAUUCAGGAGAUAACUGACCUGAUGCAGCUGAUAGAGGACCGUCAAGAACUGGAUGAAUUUGUCCACAUGAGAGUUCACACCGGAGACAAGCCUUACACCUGCCAACAGUGUGGAAAGAUUUUCAGUCAAAAAAGAAACCUUAAAAUCCACAUGAGAGUUCACACUGGAGAGAAGCCUUUCACCUGCCAACAGUGUGGAAAGAUUUUCAGUCAAAAAAGAAACCUUACAAUCCACAUGAGAGUUCACACCGGAGAGAAGCCUUUUACCUGCCAUCAGUGUGGAAACAGUUUCACUCAAAAAUCAGGCCUUAAUGCCCACAUGAGAAUUCACACUGGAGAGACCCCAUUCACCUGCCAACAGUGUGGGAACAGUUACAGUCAUAAAUCAAGCCUUAAUGUCCACAUGAAAAUUCACACCAGAGAGAACCCAUGGUUUUCUAAAACCAUGUGUAUACCAGAACCGGCACAAAAUUCUCUUUAUAAAACCCAGUCAGCGGAAGAUUACCUGAUGCAGCUGAAAGAGGAGAGUCAAGAACUGGAGGAAAUGGAAGAGAAAAAUCAGCAUAUGAAAGAUCAUGAUUACAUAACUGGAGAAAAAUCUUUUAGUUGCUCAAUGACAGAAAAGGUCUCUUCACGAAAAAGAGCUCUGAAUACAGAAACUAGAAGUGAUUUCACCUGCCAACAGUGUGGAAAAAGUUUCUCUAGAAAAUCAAUUCUUAAUGGCCACAUAAGAAUUCACACUGGAGAAAAGCCUUUCACCUGCCAACAGUGUGGAAAGAGUUUCACUCAUAAAUCAAACUUUAAUCUCCACAUGAGAAUUCACACUGGAGAAAACCCAUUCACCUGCCAACAGUGUGGAAAGAUUUUCAGUCAAAAACGAAACCUUAAUGUCCACAUGAAAGUUCACACUGGAGAGAAGCCUUUCACCUGCCAACAGUGUGGAAAGAGUUUCACUCAAAAAUCAAACCUUAAUGUCCACAUGAGAAUUCACACCGGAGAGACCCCAUUCACCUGCCAACAGUGUGGGAACAGUUACACUCAUAAAUCAAGCCUUAAUGUCCAUAUGAAAAUUCACACUAGAGAGACCAUUCACCUGCCAAAUGUGUGGGAACAGUUACACUCAAAAAUCAGGCCUUAAUGUCCACAUGAGAGAUCACACAAGAGAAUCUGUUCACAUGUGAUCAUUGUGGAAAGAUUUUUUCACAUAAAGGACACCUUAAGGAACACAUGAGAGUUCACACUUGAGAGAAGCUGUUCACGUGAUCAGUGUGGAAGGAGUUUCAGAUGUAAAGUAACUCUUAAAACCCACAUUAAUUUACACGAGCGUUAAGGGAGAAAAUGGCAGUAGAAUAUCAAUAUCAAAAGUUGUCACAAUUGUCUGUCUUCCCUGAUAAUGCAGUUUCUUCCAAUGUGAAUCAUUGUUUCUCCAAAGUGGGUGGAAGUUCACCUCCUGCAGGUAACGCAGCCCUCCCUUGAGGAAGGGGUGACUAUACAAGUUUAUAUUUCCAGUGUAGACCUGAGUUCUGAACAGUUAAAAGAACAGUUUUUAUUUUUACAUCAGCAGGACUUUUCCUUGGAAGAACAUAAUUAGGUCAGAGAGUCCCAGUUUGAGAGUGCUACCAUCAGAUUCCAUCUCAGUUGUAUCAGGAAGUUUGUGCAUUGCUGCAGGAUAUGUUGGAGGUUGGUAUCAUUCAAAAGAGCUGUAGUAUAUGGGCCUCAAAAAUAGGUUUGGUAAAGAAGAAAGACCGGGCUCUUCGUUUUUUUGUUUAGAUUAAAGCAAACUGAACAAGGUAACACAGAGAUGCAUUUCCUCUACCCCAGGGAUGGGCAGCUUUGUUCCUGGAUGGCCAAUCUCCUGCAGAGUUUAGCUCCAAACCUGUAGCUUUCUAGUAAUCCUGAAGAAAUUGAUUAGCUCAUUCAGGUGUGUUUGAUUAGGGUUAAAGCUGAACUCUGCAGGACAAUGGCCCUCCAGGACCGAAGAUCUCUGCUCUGCCCCAUAUUGAAGAGUCACUGACCAUGUUGUCCAAAGCUUUUUUCUUUUUUUUUUUUUAACUUUGGAUCUUUGCAAGUUGUUACUGACAGGCCUAUCAUCGGGAUGUGACCAGGACCUAAGACAACUUUUAUUACACCUGAGUUAUAUGAAUUUGAUUGGAUGCCCUUUGGGCUUUGUAAUGCACCAGGGACCUUUCAACAUUUAGCCCUCUGGGGUCUGCAGAGGUGCCAGUGCAAUCACUGCAUUUUUUUCUGACUUAAAAUACUCUGUCAUUUUUUGUCAUACAGAAACAAUACAUCAUUUGAAACUGUAUUUUUAUUUGCAUACACAAUAACAACAAAACUUUGUGCUUUCUUAAAAUAAAGAAACAAACGGCGUGCUUUCUGAUGUCCGUCUCUGUGAACUUUCUGAAACGCAUCACAAAAAUGAAGAGAAACUCAGCGAAUACUUGCCACACAGACAUGAGAGAUGUGUCUUUAGAAAGCUUGAAGUGUCUACUUUCCCAGAUUGUUGGUGUGUUCAUGCAGUGUUAAUCCUGGCUGUGUUUGGGUCUCUCUGGCCUCGUUCCUGUUCUGGAAAAUCCCUGUCAAGACAGUUUUGGAUUACUGUUGGAUUCAUGUUGGAGGAUUGGUUGGCCCAUUGUAGUCUCUGCGCUACCAAGAAAUACUUUGCACCCACGAUGUCUGACCCUUGUUAUGUUUCCUUCUACUAUUUUCUUAAUAAACUGAAAUUUUCUGCAUUGUC